GCUUCGCCGUCGGUUCCCAAGGCAACUGGUUUCGACAGUUCGAGCCCAGCGCGUGUCUGGAGGCCUCCUGGCGCCCGCCCACCAGCCGGCAUGUGCGCCGCCGAGAUGGACCGUCACGUUGCUCAGCGAUACCUGCUCAAGCGGCGGCUCGGGAACGGGGCCUACGGCAUCGUGUGGAAGGCGGUGGGUCAGAGGACUGGCGAGGUCGUGGCCAUCAAGAAAAUCUUUGAUGCCUUCAAGGAUAAGACGGAUGCCCAAAGGACGUUCCGGGAAAUCAUGCUGCUCCAGGAAUUUGGGGACCAUCCCAACAUCGUCCACCUCCUGGAUGUGAUCUGGGCAGAGAAUGACAGGGACAUUUACCUGCUGUUUGAGUCUAUGGACACCGACCUGAAUGCCGUCAUCUGCAAGGGCACAUUGCUAAAGGACACCCACAAGUGCUACAUCUUCUACCAGCUCCUGCGGGCCACCAAGUUCAUUCAUUCAGGACGAGUUAUCCACCGGGACCAGAAGCCAUCCAACGUUCUCCUGGACGCCAGCUGUUUGGUGAAGCUCUGUGACUUUGGCCUCGCCCACUCCCUCAGCGGCCUCCCUGAGGGGCCCGAGGGCCAUGCCCUGAUGGAGUACGUGGCCACGCGAUGGUACCGGGCUCUGGAGGUGUUGCUGUCCUCGAGCUGGUACACCCCCGGGGUGGACAUGUGGAGUCUGGGCUGCAUCCUGGGGGAGAUGCUAGCGGGGCGGCCCUUGUUCCCCGGCGCCUCCACGCUCCACCAGCUGGAGCUGAUUCUGGAGGCCAUCCCACCACCCUCCAAGGAGGACCUCCUGGCUCUCGGCUCCGGCUCCGGCGCCUCGGCUGUGCAGCGCCUGGGGUCCCGGCCGGGGCAGACACUGGACGCCCUCCUGCCGCCCGACACCCCCGCAGAGGCCCUGGACCUCCGCAAGCGACUCCUGGUGUUUGCCCCCCCCGACAAGCGGCUCAGCGCGGCCCAGGCCCGGCAGCACCCCUACGUGCAGAGUUUCCACUGCCCGGCCCGGGAGUGCGCCCUGGAGGCGGACGUGCGGCCCCCGGUGCACGAAGGAGCCCAGGUCUCGGCCACCGAGUAUCGCAGCCGCCUCUAUCAGAUGAUCCUGGAGCGCAGGGGUAACGGCCGCGUCCCGAGGGAGACGGGCCUGGGCGGCGUCCCCCCGCCCCCGGCGGCCCCGCUGAAACCCAGAGCCGCGGCCAAGCUGCCCUCGGGCUCGCCUGCGCGGAAGCCCGGACGCCGGCCUCGAAGUAACCCCGGUCACGGCCCCGCGCACGAUGUCCCCGGCGGAGCCAAGGACCCUCCCAGGCAGAGCUCGGCCCCCCUGCACCAGCCUCCGCCCCCAGGAGGUCUUGCGAGAGGGAAAGGGCCCCGCUGGGCGACGGCAGGGCUCCCCUCGGCAUCCUGCUGGGUGAAGCCCAGCGGGAGGGGGGCGGCGCCCUCCUUGACCUCGCAGGCCGCCGCCCAGGUGGCCGUCCAGGCCUUGAUCCGGAGUGACCGGAACCCGGGCCGUGGUGGCAACGCGGCCGGCACGCGACCGGUUCCUACCCGGCCUCCCCGGGAGGCCCGGCCCGGCCGGAGGAUGUUCAGCGCCUCGGCCUCGCAGGGCCAGGGGGCCGCGCGGGCCGCGCUCGGGGGCUACUCCCAAGCCUACGGGACCGUCUGCCACUCGGCGCUGGGCUGCCUGCCUCUGCUCCCCGGACCCUGCGCCUGAGCCGCCCUACGGGUCUUCAACCGGCCAUCCCCGGAGCCCAGCCUCGUGCCCCUCCCCCAGUCCCUGGAUUGCCCCUCC